AUGUUGGGACUAUAUUCUGGAGCUGGAGUUGGCCGCGGAAGGAUAUUGCCUGUGAAUUGUCAUGCGCAGGGAUUCGCUGCGCUGUGAUUCGCACCACUGAAUGUGUUGCUGGGACACCCAGGGCUUUGUGUUUGGCCACGCCUAGCUGAUCUUGAUUGGUCGUUUCUUGGUGUGACGUCGGCGCCUGGGGUAGGGAGUCACCGUUACGGUGCUCAGGAUGGGACAAAGCUCAUCGAAACGCGCAGCUCAGGCAACUCCAGCUCUAUACACACCCGCACACCGCAAGAAGCUGCUCAGAGCGAGGAGACAGCGGAGUGGUGACAACAGCAGCUCUGCCACAGCCAGUACACCCAGCCAAGGCACAGCACAGAGUACAGACAAGGGUACAGCACAAAGUAUAGUGUCAGCCUCAGCCAGUACUCCCAGCCAGGGCACAGCACAGAGUACAGACAGGGGUACAGCACAGAGUAUAGUGUCAGCCUCAGCCAGUACUCCCAGCCAGGGCACAGCACAGAGUACAGAGAGGGCCAGGACUCCCAGCCAGGGUACAGCACAGAGUAUAGAGCCUGGCACAGAGAGGGGUACAGCACAGAGUACAGAGAGGGGCACAGCACAGAGUAUAGAGCCUGGCACUGAGAGGGGUACAGCACAGAGUAUAGAGCCUGGCACUGAGAGGGGUACAGCACAGAGUAUAGAGCCUGGCACUGAGAGGGGUACAGCACAGAGUACAGAGAGGGGCACAGCACAGAGUAUAGAGCCAGGCACUGAGAGGGGUACAGUACAGAGUAUAGAGCCUGGCACAGAGAGGGGUACAGUACAGGGUGCAGUGUCUGAUUCAGAGGUAGGUAAGGUACAGGCUAUACACUCUGGUACAGAGAGGGGUACACUGCUGGGUAUAGAGACUGGCACAGAAAGUGAUAUAGAUCCAGGCACUAAGAGAGGUACAGUACAGGGUACACUGUCUGUGUCCCUUGAGAGGACGCUAUCAGUCACCGCAGCGUGUGUAGAAAGCAUCGCUUCAGAGGAAAUAAAACGAACAUUCAGAUUGGAAGAGACGCUGCAGACUGACACUGGGACAUGGCUGUUAUUCCCAGUCACAGCACCGGACAUACCAACGGUGCCCCUUUAUAUUGAUGCUGCUCUGAGGUCAACAGAAGGGACCGCCAAGAAACACAUUCAAAUCACAAGUCUUUGUUCACCAGCAGAUUCAAAGACACAGACAUCUUUGAAACCUUCUAAGAAUACACUCCCUGGAUUGUAUCCAAAUGUAUCUAUCGUAGGAGGCUCAGAGCGAAGGGUGACACUUCCCAGUGAUACAGCGCCAAGCACACAAGUUGCCCUAUUACCUGAGAUGAGACUGGAUGGGCAGGGAGUGGGGUGCAGAAGGGAUAUUUCCAAAGGUGGUGGUUCACAGGGUGCUAUGACCGACAGAGGAAAGGUAUGGUCCGAAGACUAUGGGAAGAGCCACAUGGAGUCAUUGAAAGACACACAAAGAAAUGUGGAGAAUGAAACGGUUGUCUUGGGCUUUAUUGAACAAAAGACAGAAAGUCAGCCGCAGAGCUCUGUGGCUGAAAGUUAUAGGGAAGAGGCAACCGCUGUAAAUAGUCUGGGUGAUGGGAGCAAGCUGUUGGGGAUGUCCUGGAAAAAGACAGUGAUGUUUCCUGGAAGUUUGGGUUCAGUGGAGUGCGUUGGCACAGGAGGUGGGGAAGUUGGAGAGAAAACAACAAAAAAUGCAGAGAGGAAUGAAAAAGACCUAAUGCUUCAUGGCCAGGAAAGGACUUCAGGUCUAGAAAAUGUUUCUUUGGCAGAGACACCACAGUCAGGGACAGGCCAGCAAGAGGCAUUAGGAGGUGGCAAUCUGGGCAUAACCAGCUUGCGGCUAACAGUCACCCCACCAGACUCUCAACUUAUCCCUGAAUUGGCUCAUAGAAGGGAGCUGCCCAGGAAGGGGCCACCACUUCUGGAGUUUAGGCUGUUGCCUGCAGAGCUGGCCUCCGAUACCCACAGCUACUCCAUUCCAAGACUUAUUGUUACUCGGGAACCCAGCCCCAACCACCGUCUGUCCUCUUCAUCUCCCCAGCUACUGGAGUCGAGCUGCAGUCUAGAUGUACCCCUUUCUGGAGAUGCGGAGUCUCCCUGCUCGGACAGUGGCUGCGGUGGGUCCCCUGUGCCCUCUCUCUUCCUACGCAAGCUGUCAAGCUCAUCUGGCCUGUCCUCUGCAUCAUCUUUCGAGGAGUCUGAAGACGAUUUUGGUGGCAGCGACGUUGAACCAAAUGGAUUACACGUCCUAUACUGCAGUCCUGAAGACCAUGCCGCUACGAGGUCGUGGAGGAAGUUAAAAAACAUUGUCCACUGGUCACCAUUUGUGGUGUCCUUUAAGAAGAAUUACCCGUGGAUACAGCUGGCGGGGCAUGCAGGUAACUUCAAGGCCGGGGAAUAUGGGAAAAUCUUAAAGAAGUUCUGCCUGUCUGAGCAGCAGUGUCUGGAAUGGCUGAACAGAGACUCGCUGCGACCGUUUGUCCCAGGAUAUUACGGCGUGGUGGAGAAGGAUGGAGAGACCUACAUCCAGAUGGAAGAUCUUCUCUCCGAGUUCGACUCUCCAUCCAUCAUGGAUUGCAAAAUGGGAGUCCGGACCUACCUAGAAGAGGAGUUGGUAAAGGCACGUGAGAAGCCCAAGCUGAGGAAAGAUAUGUACGAGAAAAUGAUAGCCGUAGAUCCCAAUGCACCCACAGAAGAAGAGCACAUACAGAGGGCCAUCUUGAAGCCACGAUACAUGCAAUGGAGAGAGACUCUUAGCUCUACUGCAACUCUGGGCUUCAGAAUUGAGGGCAUUAAGAGAGCCGAUGGAACGUGCGACACCAACUUCAAAAAGACCAAACAAAGAGACGAGAUUGUCAGGGCUUUAGAGGACUUUGUAGAUGGAAAUAAGCUUAUUUUGAAAAACUACUUGGUGAGAUUGAAGGAUCUACGCACAGAGCUUGAGAAAUCGGAUUUCUUCAAAUCACAUGAGGUGGUUGGAAGCUCCCUCCUGUUUGUCCACGAUUCCUCUGGGUUGGCCAAAGUGUGGAUGAUCGAUUUUGGGAAGACUGUGCGGCUCCCCUACAAACAGACACUAAACCACCGCUCUCCAUGGGUGGAGGGUAACAGGGAAGAUGGCUACCUGUGGGGACUAGACAAUCUUAUUAAUAUUUUCACCAGUAUGGUGCAGGACUAACCACAAUGUCUAACCAAAUGAGAACCCAGCAACCUCAAACCCCCAAGUUCCCACCAUACAUUCCAUCAAAACGGGGGCACGGUUACUCUCCGUCCAUCCCACGUUCUGCUGCGCUGCUUGGACGAAUGUUUGGAAGAUUGCCACGAGUGGAAGUAGUCGAGCAGCUUUUAAAAGACAAAUCACGUGAAGAGUGGAAUUUUCACACUAUGUCGCAGAGAUCGGUCUAGGAAACCAUGUCCGUUUUUAUUCGAAUGUACUUUUAACUUGUUUUUAUAAAACGUAUUUAUGCUUGUACAGUCUCAAGAAACUCAACACUGGAAUUAUUGUACAUACAAAACCGUUUUCAAGCUAUUUGGGGACAGAAGUGGAGAUCCUUUCUUUUUUUUAUGUAUAUAUUUUAAUAUUGUAACUUUUAGAUGCAAUAGACUGAUUUAUGCUCUAUUUGAACAAUUUUUUUUUUAUAAGCAGAUAAUGUUAGUAACAUGGGGGAGGCGAAAUCUUUUUAUUUAUCUACUAUUGACUAUGGAGUUUAGGUUUAUAUAUAUAUAUAUAUUUUUUUUAAUUAUUCUUACUCCCUACCUUACUAAACCAAAGAGAUUGCGUGUUUCUAGCGGUAUUGCAGUAAUAAGCUUUGCGCUUCUUAGGCUGGAAGCUGACAUUGUCACUGUAUACACCAAGACCAAUCUUAAACCGCCUUGAAUAUAGCCAUGUUUCAUCUCAUUGUUCAUCUAUCUUAUUGUUGCUUUGAAACCCAGAGUAGAAAAUGACAUGUUUCUAGCAAAUAAAAUCUGCAAACACAA